AUGAAUCUGAGUCUGCAUGGAAAAAAUAUCACGAUAAUAGGAGUAUAUGCAGUUAACGAUGAUGCCCUAGUUAAAGACAAAGAGGAGUUCUUUGAGCAACUUUCCUAUGAAAUUUUAAAAAUAGGACAAUCCAGAGAAAUAAUACUGACAGGAGAUCUAAAUUCUAGGAUAGGAAGGAAACUACAUGAUAAAAUAGUAGGCCAGUUCGGAGAAGAAACUCUUAACGAUAAUGGAAAUAGACUUACCAAUAUAUGCGACCAAAAUAACCUCCAUAGCUUCAACCACGAGAGCGUGAAGGAUUUAUACAAAAAUCGACUGGAUGAAAAACUUGUAAAAGAAAAUUUUGAAAGUACAGAAGAACAGUACAAUUAUAUUAUAGACUGCAUGAGAAGUGCAUCAGAAGAAGCUUUGAGAAAAUACGCCAAACCCAAACGAAAAAGGGCCGAAUACCAACAAACAUCGCAGCCACAAUCCGACAUUCAAAUAAGAACCGCAGCUUCUCCACUGAGGAUCAAUACGAAAGAAGUAAAACAAAUUUGCCAAACCCUGAAAAAUAGAAAAUCGCCUAGUCCAGGUGAAAUACCUCCAGAAUUACUCAAGUACGGCAUGGAUAAAUUAUAUAAGCAGCUCGCUAGUCUUUUCCAAAAGGUCUAUGGAAAAUUGGUCAAAAAGAGAAUUGAGGAAGAAUACCGGGAUAUGGAGGCUGAAGAACAAGCGGGAUUUAGAGCUGGUAGAUCCACGGUCGACCAUUUAUUUACACCGACACAGAUAAUUGAAGAAAAAGAUGGCAAGAAAUCAAGAAAUACAUCUCCUCUACGUAGACCUCAAGAAAGCAUAUGA